AUGUCAAUCCUGAUGAAUAGCAAGUUGUUCUUCCUCGCUUCCAUCUUCAUUCUGGGAGCUCUGGCUUCUCAAGCCAUGGCACGCUCUGCCCCUCACGAGGCCGCCAUGCGCCUUAGGCACGAGCAGUGGAUGGCUCGUUUUGGGCGAGUUUACAGGAGUUCAAAUGAGAAGGAGGCACGGUACCAGAUAUUCAAGGACAAUGCAGAUAUCGUCGACUCGUUCAAUGCCGCCGGAGACAAGCCUUACAAGCUAGGUACCAACCAGUUUGCUGAUCUCACGAACGAGGAGUUCAGAGCAACCAGGAACAGGUUCAAGGGCCACAUGUGUUCGGCGCAGCAGGGACCCUUCAGGUACGAAAACGUGACCGCAGUGCCCACCACCAUGGACUGGAGGAAGAAGGGAGCCGUCACUCCAAUCAAAGAUCAGGGUCAGUGCGGAAGCUGCUGGGCGUUUUCAGCUGUUGGGGCCAUGGAAGGAAUCACUCAGCUUAGUACCGGCAAAUUGGUAUCCCUUUCGGAGCAAGAAUUGGUUGACUGUGACACCAAAGGAGAGGACCAAGGUUGCAGCGGCGGGUUGAUGGAUGAUGCUUUCAAAUUCAUCAUCCAGAACAAGGGUUUGACUACCGAGAGCAACUAUCCGUACAGUGCUGCCGAUGGAUCCUGCAGUGCUAGCAAAGAAGGCAACCACGCGGCUACGAUCAAAGGGUAUGAAGAUGUGCCAGCCAACAGCGAAUCCGCAUUGCUGAAGGCGGUAGCUAGUCAACCGAUUUCCGUGGCAAUUGAUGCAGGGGAUUCCUCGUUCCAGCUCUACGAGAGCGGGAUAUUCACUGGAGAAUGUGGGACUGAAUUGGACCAUGGAGUGACCGCUGUCGGAUAUGGUGAGAGCGGCGGGAUGAAGUACUGGCUGAUCAAGAACUCUUGGGGAGCUCAAUGGGGAGAGGAAGGAUACAUCCGAAUGCAGAGAGAUAUUCCUGCAAAGGAAGGCAUAUGCGGCAUUGCGAUGCAAGCUUCUUACCCUACUGCCUAA